ACUCGAGCCCUGCAAGAGAGGUUCCGGGGCUGGUUGAGGCGGCGAAAUGGAGACCGGGGCCGAGGACUCGGGAAUGACCGGCCGCCCGACGCUGGCCUCUUCCUGGGAUACCGCGAACGGGGUCCUGUCCCGGAGCCUCCUCCUCACCCGGGCUGGCGUCGGCGCCCAGGACUUCGACUGGGAGGAGCUGCUGGUGCCGCCUGCUUCGGGCCAGCCUCUGGUGAGCCUGAGCGCCGUGCCGGGCCCCCGGGGCAGGACGCCCUGCUUCCUCGACCUGCGGUGCGACCCCGGGGCCGGGGAAGAGAUCCUCGCGGUGGGCGUCCUGAGCUCGGCGAGGAACAUGGAGGUGUACGUGGGAGAGGAAUACUGUGGCACCGGCCGGGGCCAGGGCGCCCGCACCGUCCCGGAGGGCAGUGAACAGGAAAAUAUUAUUUUCUACAAAAAACAUCUAAAAUUGGAAACUUCCACAUAUGCUUGUAAAAUAAAGUUGCUGUCCUUUGGUGAAAAACAGUGUGUGUUCAUCAGUAAGGUUGUGGUACACAUGAAACCAGUUUCAGGAAAUUCUUCACCAAGCUCUCCUGCUCUAGGAUCAAGGAUAGACCUUGACAAGGUCCAAACCAUAAUGGAGUCCAUGGGGUCAAAGUUAUCACCUGGAGCUCAGCAGCUAAUGAACAUGGUUAGGUUUCAACAGCAGAAUUGUAUUCCCAUUGGAGAGCAGCUUCAGUCAGUUUUGGGAACUACCGGGUAUAAGCAUAUGAUUGCACUCCAGCCAUCGUCCACUUCAGGAGCCUUGGACAAGUCAUCCUCCACACCUUUCCCUUUUAGAACUGAAUUGACAUCUGCAAACAGGACUGAACCCUUACAGGCUUUCAUCGACAAAAGCACCAGGCCACCUGGGGAAGGAAAUACCACCAGCCGCGACAGGUGUAAAACUGUGCCACAAAACCAUUCCCUUCUUGAGAAUGAUCUUAAAAAUGCAGUAUCUUCUUUCUUACCAAAGAAGGCGAGUGACGGCUCACUGCCCAGCUCUGAGUUGCUGCCCUUUCUCCAAAAUCUGUGCAGUCAAGUUAACCAUCUUCGCGUGGGACAUAACGCCAAGUGGCAGGAAAACGUCUCCAAGCCCCGUGAAGGCAUUGUUGGUGUUGCAGUGGAAGAACAGCCUAUUUGCUCCUACUUGGAAAAGAUUCUUUCUAAAAAUAUGGAACUGAUGGAAAAGAAACUUGUGGACUACAUUGAUCGGCGAAUACUCCAACUCCAGGAGCACAUAGAUGAUAAGAUUACCUUGUUAAUGGACUUCCUGCAGAAUCCCAACUCCCCGCCCAAUGGGCUGCCUUUGAGACAUUAUGACUCUGGAGAAAGACUUUCCAAUGGAGAAAGAUAAGCUCUCAGCGUACGAUGGCCUGCAGAUAUUUAUUACCUAUUUAUUACAAAGCCCAAACCUAAAACGUUUAUGAAAAGCAAGUAUCUGAUGUCCUCCGAAGGAUCAUCGGCUUACAUAAAGUGACCUCAGUGUCCAUUUUUACUGCCCUUGUUAUUGUAAAUCCAGUACUGUACACCAAGAGGUGACCCCAUUGUCCUAAGUUAUUCUUAUUUGCAGUGUUUUUCACUUACAGAUUUUUAUGUAUUCUUGUGUUUUAAAUGUUUAAAUGCUUAUGGAUUUCUAAUGCAGUUCAUUGGUUUGUAUUAUAUGUGUUUGAAGUGAAUUUUUUAUUUAUAUGGACACCUUAUUUUACAGUCUUAGGAAUGUGAAAAAUAGUGUUCAGAGUAUUUGAUAUUCUUUAUCUACUUGUUUUUGGAAAAUUGUAUAAUUGGAACUUUUAAUUCAGGUUACCAAUAUACAUUUUCUAUUGUUUAUCUGAGAUAAUGAAUCAAUCACCAGGUUUGAUUAGGUGGAAAAUUCCUUUACACAAGGCUGUUAGUACUAUUUGUUUUAUUACAAUGUAACUAUAGAUAGGAAAAAAAAAAAUCCAAACCAGCGUAUUCUUUUUUAAAAUUACUACUUUGGCUUUGGUGUUUGAUGUAAAAUGGGAGCAUUCAUUUCAUUUGAUCUCAGUAACCCCAGUCAAUAUAAGGAAUUCUUUGCUUUCUCAAGCUGAUACAGCUUCUUAUCCCCAAAGUCCUUCUGAUCAUAUUUAAUGUGUGACAUCCUGAGAAUCUGCAUUGAAUAGUAAGACAUAUGAAUCAAAGAGGUUGCAAGACUCUAGGUUAUUUAGUCUUCAGUACUUUUUUAAACUGUUGUGUAUGUUUCCAAGGGUGAUGUAUUUGCAGCUAAAAAUAGAUGCAUCCACUCUGGAAGCUGCUUAUCUUAAGUGAAUGGGAGUCUCAUCUUGAACUCAGCUUAUAUUAAAAUGUUUCAUUUUUUAGAAAAAGGAUUAUUCAUAUUCAUUUAUUGUUUUGUAAAAUUUGUUCUCUAAAAUGAGAGCUAAUUUAUAUAUGGCUUGUUCAUUUUUAUUUUACUAUAAAGAUGACACAGUAUACUAAACUCACUGACCACAGUCUCUUGAGGAUUUGCAUAACAUUUUUCUUAGACCUUUAUGGGCCAUUAUUUAUGGGAUAAGCAUAACAAGUAGUUGUAAGAUAGCAUUUCUUGUCAUUGAGAAUAAUCUGUCUCAAGGCUAAACUCAGGAGUGCAGACUUACAGCUUCUGGUAGUUUGGGUCUGUUCAAUUAGGGGCCCCAUUGUGGCCGUUGGUCAGAAUGCCUUGUAGAAUGUGGCCACAAUUGCUGCAUUCAGAGCAAGGACCAUGAAUGAAGAGAGACACAGACAGUUGAAAGACCAAUACUAAAUUCUUUCUGCAUGUAGUUGAUGAUAAAAUACUGUAACUGAGAAGGAAGAUUUUAAAAAGUAGUAAUUGGCAAUAUGAAAUCUCACAAAUUCAUGAAAUUCUGGGGGUUUUAUGUAUUUAUUAAUAUAUAAAAACCAGUACAAUCAUGGAACUGUUAUUGAAUUGGUUCAAUAUGUUAAAAAUCAAAGAUAAAAUGCCCAUAAAAGUAUUUCUGUUUCAAAUGACUGAGUUUUAUUUUCCAAUGUGUAGUAGUAACUUUGUCAAACUUAAAGUAUUAUAGUCAAGAGCUUAUACGGCAUUAUUUAUUAACAGUAUUUUCCAUAGUUCUCAAAAUAUAUUUGAUCAACAAGGAAAUUAUUUCCUCCUCUGCAAUUAAAAGAAAAUUCUUCUCUGCCAUGUAUGUCAUUUCUGUAAUAAGGUUCAUUCACAGAUUUUCAGAUCUAAAGAUGUAUUAGGCAAUGCAAGACGUCGUCAAUAUAGUUUUACAAGUUACUGAAUUUAAUUUUUUGUUUUCUUAUUUAAGAAGACUUUAUUGUAUGAUGACAUGUAUCCGCCAUCAUGGUAUCAUUCAGUACAGUUCUACUGCUCUCAAAGUCCUCUGUGUUCCACUUACUCAUCUCACCCCCAACUCCUAGCAACCAUUAAACUUUUUUUUUUUUUUUGGUGCUGAGGAUUAAACCUAAGGGUGCUUAACCACUGAGCCACAUUCCCAACCCUUUUUUAAUUUUUCUUUUGAAUUGUGUGGGGCCUGGCUAAAUUACUGAGGCUCACUUUGAACUUUCAAUGCUCCUGCCUCAGCUUCUGGAAUUGCUAAGAUUUCAGGUGUGCACCACCACGCCUGGCUAAACUUGUUACUGUCUCCAUAGUUUUGCCUUCUCUAGAAUGUUACAGAGUUGGAAUCAUUCAUGCAGCUUGUUGCCUCUUCAGAUUGGUUUCUUUCAAUUAGCAAUAUGCACUUGCAUUUCCUCCCUGUCUUUUCAUGGCUUAAUAGUUCAUUUCGUUGUUUUCACUAUAGAAAUGUUUUUUUAAUAAACCAAAAAUAAUAAUCUUUUGUAGUGCAGGCAAAUAAUACAAGGAUCGCAGGACUUUUAUAGUUUUAUCAUUUUCACUUAAUAAAUAAGUUAUUAUAACUUUUUACUUGUGGCUUAUCUUUAAAAGCAAAACAAGCUUAUCGAGCUUGAGAUACAUUCAAUACCAGGUGCUUGGAUCAGGUGAAGAAAAUAAUCAAAAGUAGCCAAAAUUUAUGGUUUGAGUUCCUUUGCUACAUCUCGUGCCCCAUUCAAUCUCAGAAUUCAGUUCUUGGUUUUUCAAAAUUAGAUUGUACUGUGGUAAGAUAAUACUCCAUUUUAAAAAUAACCUUUUUUCAAAUAAGCUUUUAUGUGUGACAUUGGUUUAUUUUAUUACCCAUUUAGGAAUUAAAAUACAUCACUUACUUAUCAAUAACUUAUCUAAAGAACUCAAGUAGGGGCUGGGGCUGUGGCUCAGUGGUAGAGCACUUGCCUGGCAUGUGUGAGGCACUCGGUUCUAUGCUCAGCACCAUAUAAAUAAAUAAAUAAAGGUAUUAUGUCCAUCUACAACUAAAAAAAAAAUUAAAAAACAAAGAAGUCAAAUAGAACAGGUGUUUUAAAAAAUAAGAACAUCGCAUGUUUGUCAAAGACAAUAUUGGUAAAUAGUGAAUUAUCACUGUAUUUAUUAUUAUUAAAAUGUGACUUGCAUGUUAUCAACUGAUGGAAAUAAAAAUUCACUCUGUA